AUGGGCGCUGCCGCUGCGAGCGUGGAGACGGAGAUUGCUGCGAUGAUUGUAUUCGACCUCCGACAGCGUGGCUGGGAACGAGACCACAUUCAAACCAGCACGGGCCAUGCUCAUUUCCCAAUUGCACCGUGCGUCCUCGUGCGCGCCCUGGGAAUUCGGAACGUAGCGGGGAACGGGCCGGAUCUCCUGGGAUCCAAGGACCGAGUCAAAUCUGACCUUCCUAAUCGGGGGGUUUAA